CAUUCAUUUCGCCCAUUCUCCUCCCGUGUCAACCUUUACACCCUUUCUUAAGAGACUAUUAUAACUUCAUUCUUAUUCUCUCUUUGCUUUCCACUCCACACUCUGUCUUCCUCUACUUUGUUACUCUCUAGGAGAGAAAAAAGAAGAAGAAGAAGAGCUAGAGAAGGCUAAGCUUAGUAAUAUAAAGAUGGCUAUCGCUUCAGCUGCUCAACCUGUCUCCGCCGAGAGCACAACUCUCAUCGUCGGCGCCACCGGUUUCAUCGGCCGGUUCGUCGCGGAAGCUUGUUUGGAAACCGGCCGACCUACCCAUGUAUUAGUCCGAUCCAUUAAGACCACCCCUUCUAAGUCCCAAACUAUUAAAGCCCUCCAAGACAAAGGUGCCAUCGUCCAACAGGGGUCGAUCAAGGACAGAGAAUUCAUGGAGAAGCUGCUGAAGGAGCACAAGAUCGAGGUGGUGAUAUCAGCUGUAGGUGGGGAUAGUAUCUUAGACCAGCUCAGCCUCAUCGAAGCCAUCAAAGCCGUUGGCACUGUUAAGAGGUUUCUUCCUUCGGAGUUUGGACAUGACGUAGAAAGGGCAGAUCCAGUGGAGCCAGGGCUGAGUAUGUACAAAGAGAAGCGAGUGGUAAGAAGGGCGAUUGACGAAGGACUUGUACCCUUUACCUACAUCUGCUGCAACUCCGUCGCAGCUUGGCCCUACCAUGACAACACUCACCCCUCUGAGGUGCUUCCGCCGUUGGAUCGUUUCCAAAUCUAUGGUGAUGGCAGUGUUAAAGCAUACUUCGUGGCUGGUACGGACAUUGGGAAGUUCACAAUGCUAGCGGUGGACGACGAGAGAACCCUAAACAAAUUGGUGCAUUUUCGACCGGCCUGCAACUUCCUCAACAUCAAUGAGCUUGCUGCUUUGUGGGAGAAGAAGCUUUGCCGCACUCUCCCUCGUGAGACCAUCACUGAAGCCCACCUCCUUGCUGCUGCUGCAGAGAACAUAAUCCCGGAAAGCGUAGUGGCCUCUUUCACCCAUGACAUAUUCAUAAAGGGAUGUCAAGUAAAUUUCUCUAUCGAUGGACAAAAGGACCUGGAAGCCACUUCUCUUUACCCAGACAUCCCUUUCCGCUCCAUAGCCGACUGCUUCGACGACUUUGCCACCCUUGUUGCCACCGCCACCGCCGCAACCGCCACUGCCACUGCCACUGCCGCACAACAAUCUCAGCAGCCACAGAAGCCCCAUUUCCAGUGCCAGAAUUCAAAAGUCGAUGGCAACACAAUUGAGGGUAAAGGAGACUACACUGUCAAUAAGAACUCAAUGAUAUUCAAUUCCCAGCCAAUUGAGACUUGACUAGGUACCAUGGAUUUAAAAUUCAAAUUCUCUACAAUAAAGAGUAGUGGGGAACAAAGUGAAUUGCAUGAUAUAUGUAUGUGAGCUUUGCUGGUAGCAGGAGUCACCAUUUAUAUAAACUCUUGAGCUGGAUGGGUUCUUAGUUCUGAAGACAUAUAUAAGCAGUUAGCUCUACAGAGAUCACCAGUGCUUCACAUAAUUCUCCUUUUGUGGUCCUCCAUUCCUUGGUUCAACAGGCACUUGAUGUUUUCUCAAAGUCACAGGAGCAUUAAUAUGAAAAUUAAAGGAAUUCCUCUCCCUCUCUCUCUCUCUCUCUCUCUCUCUCUCUCUCUCACACACACACACACAGUUAAGCUACACAGUUAAGCUACCAUUUUGGGCUUUAUUUCUUUCCAUUCUUCCCCUUUAGAACUUCUGUUGUAAUAAAAAUAUUUCAUUGGGUUUCAAUGAAAUAUUUCAUGUAUCUUGUCUCAAACCCUGCACAUAUUUUAGUUAUUUUAUACAACAAUUGCUGAA